CCCAAUUCUAAUCCUGGUUUUCUGCUUGCUGUGGUUGUCCCGUAUGAGUGAAUUAGCGUCUCUAGCCCAACAUGCUAACACUAGCUAACUUAGCGGGCUAGAAAGGGUGUUCUUACCGGCUACGAAUAGACUGCGCGGUUGCUGAGCCACAUUAUUCAACUGUUUACGGUUUAGGGCAACUAUUAUGUGUCUAUACCAUUAAACAUGUAGCUAGCGUUAAAUAUCACCAGGCUUAACAGCGCAACUUAUCUUCUGGAACUGAUUCGGGUCAGUGACGAAUUCAUGACUACAAUGGCAUCAUCUCCGCCUCACAACUUCUCUUGGGUUGAACCUCAGAAACUGGCUGGCCUGGCGAUGCCACGAAUGCCUGGUCACUAUGAGUACCUGCUGAAUAACGGUAUCAAACACUUAGUCAGUUUGUCUGAGAGAAAGCCUCCUUAUCAUGACACCUGUCCACGGUUGACGUUGCAUCACAUCAGAAUACACGACUUCUGUGCUCCAACGUUUGAUCAAAUCAACCGCUUCUUGACUAUAGUGGAAGACGCCAAUUCAAAAGGAGAGGGUGUCGCAGUGCACUGUUUGCAUGGCUUUGGAAGAACAGGGACAAUGCUGGCCUGCUACUUAGUGAAGACCAGAAAAAUCAGUGGGAUUGAGGCCAUUAAUGAAAUCAGAAGGAUACGCCGUGGAUCUAUUGAAACACGAGAACAAGAGCAAAUGGUAGUGCAGUUUUACCAGCAAAAUAAGUACUGAAACUUACAAAAUAUAUAUGAAAUAAAGUUAAAUUAUUAAUGAACUGGACAUUUUUCGUUAUUCAUUUUAAUGUGACUAAUAAUGGUACACUGAAUUAAUAACCUUAAUACCAAUGUAAAAGAGAUGUCAAAAAGAGCAAAACAUCCUACACUUCACUGAAACCUGUGUGAUACCCUAAAGCAACACAGAACUAAAGCACUGUGAUUAAAACACAUCUAUUUUGUUCUAUCUUUAUUACAAUGAGGCUAUACACAUUUCUAGUAAAUUUCUGCAUUAUU